UUUUGCUGGUUGUGGAUGAUUUCCGCUGGAAAAUGGAAAACGUAUUUUCAUUUUCACGUACAUAUAUAUAAUAUAGAAUAUAGAAAUUUCUUUGUGAGACUCUCUCUUUCAGUUUGCUUUUUGUCACUUUGUUGUCCCUUGUCAUCUUUGUCCGUAAGUGUAAUGAAUCAGUGAAAAAAACGAGUGCGACAUGAUUGAGGUUAAAAAUAGUAUUUAUUAAUUCUAAUCCAUAAAGUACAUUCGCCUGACAAUGGAGGCCGAUCAGGACAUUUUGCACGAGUUUAAAUUCGUUUUGGGUUCAAUCGUGUCGGGCAGUGAUCUGGAAGUGAAAGAAGGAUGGAUAAAGCUCGAAAAGCUCGAGCAAAACGUCCAGUCGACACAGUCCUCCAAUUAUGUCGAUGUCCUUCGGGACAUUCAGAAGGAGCUUCUCCACGGACAGGUUGAAAACAUCCGAGAAAUACCACAACUCCUGAUGUGGUUCGCUAAGUAUCUGAAAAACCCUGACCCCAAUUUCAGCGACGACCUGGCCGCUUUCCUUCGGAACUCGAAGAUCGAUGACAUCUCAAUUUUGGAGUCGAUUCUUCGUGUCUUUGAAAACAAAAUCUACCUGAAUACGAACACGAGUCACAAGAAACUCUGCAAGGCGAUUGUCAACUCUCUCGCUAAUUUUCAAAUGCCUCGGGAAACAGAAGCUAUUUCGAAAUAUAAUUCCAGUGUUGAGAAAAUCCAAGACUAUCUCAAACCCUUCAAAGACCAGAAGAAUCUCACCGUUUGUUUAGAGCAACUUUACUGUAUCAUUUCGACCAAACCCACACCCGGUUACGCCGCGUGCAUCGUUCUUCUUUUAGUCGACAAACCUCUCAUCGCGGACGGAGUUCGUUUGCUUCUCAACAGUCCCUACAAAGACCAGGAGCUCGUGAAAGCUUUGACAGUGAUUUCCGAGUGGUUACUCAAAGGCAGACACAAUGAACUCCUCGCCAAGUGGCUGAUGACUUUCAUCCAGGGUUUAGAAUCCGAGAGAAAGUUCAGUAUCCUGAUGAAAAUCGCAGAAACGGCACUCAACUUGCAAAAUGUCUGUUGUGCAUUCAUUCUUCCAAAACAGAGUCAAACAGUCGGCAAAAUCUAUCUCUACAUGCUCCAGAGACAAAACAACGUGAGUCUCUUUCACAAAUUCAUAGCCACAGUUGAAGAAAAAAGGAUUCUAGGUAAGAAUGUUUUUGAAAUACUGCACUCCCAGGAUGCAGAGUAUGCAAGAGAGACUCUUCAAAAUAUGGUCGAUGUGCUCGAGGCUCUGAUAAUGCGGUUUCCGGGACAUGAUGAGUUGUACACGAGUUUGCGGAGGAGCUUCCCGGUGAAGCCGAGAGAGGAUAUUGUCAAGGAAAUCCUGAGGGAUUCCUUCUGGAGUGACGAGAAGGAGAAGCUCCAGAUCAGCUGUUUGCCGGAGAGAAGUAGAAUUAAUAUUAUGAGUGUUGACUGUUUACGGAGUGAUGACAGCAAAGUGGGUCUGGCUAAUCUGGGAAACACUUGUUACAUGAACAGUGUUUUACAGGCUUUGGCUAUGACGAGACAGUUUCGUUAUGAGGUGUUAAAUUAUAAGGUCAGCGAUCUUGCCAGUCAAGUUUUACUCAGGAAACUGCAGAAUUUGUUCGCUCUCUUGAUGUAUUCGAAGAGGAGUUCCUUGUCGCCGAGCGAAAUCCUCCAGGUGUCGAGACCGGCUUAUUUCUUGCCUGGACAACAGCAAGAUAGUUCGGAAUUUCUUUGUCAUCUACUCGAUGUCCUGUAUGAACAAGAGAAAUCAGCAAUUUCAAUUAGUGGGAGUACUGAAACGAUGGUCGACCUAAAACCUAUUUCCGAUGAACCGAUGGACGUGGCGGAUGAGGAUGUCGCUGCGAGUGACGAAUCAGUUAUUAAACGCUGGACCACGGAAGAAGAUUUAACCGAAGGUGCUGCUCUAAAAAGAAAAACACAGUCGUUGGCUGAUUUUACCCAGGGUGAAGAAAUGGCUCAAACUCAGCACCUGAGCGACAGUCAUUCCGACUCCACCGACAGUGGGAUCCAGUCCGUGGGAGGUGAAGACGUGCCAAGUCCACCCUCGAUCCUCGUACAUCGAGUUUUCGGCGGAGAAUCGAAAAUCACCUACCAGUGUGCCCAGUGCGACAACAGCUCCGACAACACCGACAAAUUUCGCGAUUUGCAAUUGUGCUUCCCGGAAGAGAUACAGGAGAAUCAGGAGGUGCGAGUCCAGGACCUGAUCAACUACUACCUGACGCCCGAGAAACUGACUGGCGACAACAAGUACCGCUGCGACAAGUGCAUGAAGCUCUGCGACGCCCAGAGAAUCAUAAAAAUCCUCCAGGCGCCGAAUCACCUCAUCCUGACACUGAAGCACUUCCGCUACGACUCGGAGAGCCGGCUCCGAGCCAAGUUGCGACACAAGGUCCGCUACGACGAGACAAUUCAGCUCGCGCUCUCGGACUCCUCGCCGGAAACGUAUCGGCUCUACGCGGCCGUCGUUCAUUCGGGCUACAGUAUGGACUACGGACAUUACAUCACCUACGCCUGUGACUCGAAGCAGCAGUGGUAUCGAUUCAACGACAGUUACGUGUCCUCCUGCACGACCUUCCAGGAGUUCAAGCGCCUCGAGCCGCCUGACACGCCCUACAUUCUCUUCUACGAGAGGUGCACUUCCGCGGGCCGACUCUUCGAGGAGGAGGAGGACAGACAGGAGUUGAGCAGUCUGAGCAAGCACAUUCAGGACAUUGUGGAGGCGGACACGAAGACGCUGUACAGUGCUGCCGGGUACAGGGACGACCGGAAAAGAACUGGUUAUCAUUUGAGUCGACACGACAAUUCCGACGACGACAAUCCACCCUCGAGCACUUGCCGAGGGCGGAUUAAUAUACAGUCGAAUAACUAUUUAUGGUAGAGGAUACAAUUUUUUUAAAUAUUAACAUUAAUGGACAUUGAGCAGGGUGUCUACCUCACCGGAGAACUGGGAAUUCUCUAUGAUUUGGCAAAAAAAAAAAAAAAAAAAAUACAAAAAUUAAGGAUG